CAAGAAUAGGCUGAUAUCAAUCAAUCAACUCGACCCAUUUUGAAUGACAGAGAGAUUGAAGAUAUUGAAACGAGAACAGCUAAGCCCUCCUCCUAAUCACUUCUUACAGAUAUAGACAUCAGCAGUUUUAUCAGUGCAUCAACGACAAGAACGAGAGCAAAGAAAAAUGUUGGUCGUUGACUCUGCUGACGGUGAACAUGUGGAAGGGCAUGGCGAUGAUGCAUCAACGUCACGGUUGAGAGGCUGUUCCUCUUCUCAGAUUCGUCCACUGCACAAGUUAAGGCGGGUGAAAGCACCUCUAUAAUUGGUUCGGAGCGUAAUUUAGUAAAUGCGUGCAUCAUGCUCAUGCUCUCCAGCAGGAAGAGAAACUAAGAACACUAUAUAGCUAGAAGCGCGAAAAAAAUGAUUUCCAUCGUAGUGAUCUACUACAUUCUUUCACCACGACAUCAUUUGUCUAAAUUGAACAAGCGGCAAGCUGGAAGGACAAGGAAAAGUACAUAUGCGGCCUCUUCUUGCGUUUUUUAUCGUGGUUGGCUGUGUCACUGUCGUUUCCAUUGCCUCCGCUGGGGUCUACUUUUCACGCACGUCCUCGCAGUCCGUCGAUUACGAAUUAGAAUAUGUUCGGAAAUAUGAAUGACUAUCGUUCUUGGUAAUAUUUACCAUUAACGUCUAUGCCCAGUCCUUAGUCAGUCAAAAGUCUAGUUCUCUCACAUUAAAGGCGGAGAAAUAUAGAGCAAGUCGGAAUAUGAAGAGAGGUGGCAUCAGGAACCAAUACAUGAUAUGAAAUAUGAAAUGUUGAUACAGCCAGCACUUCGUCUAGUAGAGUUGGUCCAAGCAGGGUUAAGUGUCUAUAGCUCUGAUUCAAUGAUGCCCCUAGCCCUAGAUGACUCCACUUCCACCAUAAUAAUGGUAAAACCGCUGAAAAUGAGCAGCAGAGACAGCAUAGAAGUGAACCAGCACAAGUUCCCUAUUCUUGACUUCCCUUGUUCAGGGCUUUUGCCGUUCAUAGACAUCCCUUUAUUAGGGCUCGGGUUAAGGGCUAGGCUAGGGUUUGGGUUACGGUACACGGAUCUACUUUGCCUGAGAGUUCAUUUUCUUCAUCUAAUAUGCAAAUGCAUUUCUUGCGACACAGGAAGUGCUUCCAACGACACGGGGGGAGGACCUUGGCCCUGACUAUACAAAGAUUAAUGCCCUUAGUUUUCAGUCUACAGACUCUCUAGAACAGAAGAAGGGAAUGGAGAUAGCAUUGGAGAGAAAUGCAGCUUUAUUAGAGCAUAAUAGUACGGCUUUGCAGCAUAGCACGGCUUUGCAGCAUAAGAGUACGGCUUUGCCGCCUUCCACGGCGCCAACGCUUCCAACUACGGCAUCGCCAUCGCUGCCAACCACUGCGUCGCGGACCGGCAAUAGCACCGAAACAACUACUGCAUUUGUAGCGAGAAUCCAUUUACCACAGCGGCCUCCAGUUGUGACGACCUUGGAUGUAGCUAUAAUUUCAUCCGCACCACCAGCAACAAGACCUCCAGUCGUGACAGUGCUACCAGAUACUUCAACCGCCUCAACACCAUCUCUCCUUUUUUCACGACAGGAUGCUGCUGAACUCCUGUUGUCCAUUAGACGUCUGCUCAAACGAGCUGCUACAACUGUGGUCUUCGAGCGCGCUGGGAAGGUGCCGGUUUUGACGGUGAAAGAUAUGGGUCACGUGCUGUGGAAGGAAUUGACAAACGGUUACGAAGAAAGCGCUCUUCAUGAUCCCAUGAUUUCGACGAAAAGACUAGCAGAAAUAUUGCAAAAGAGAACAAACUUUGAUUUCAAAGUCAUCGAUGUGGGAGGGUCGGG